GGGCCAGCGGGCCGGGGCGCGACAAGUGGGCCUGCGCUCUGCCGCAGAACAUCCGGGCUCCGCUAGCCCAGAGGGUAUCGGGAGCCCUGUACUGGGGGAUUCAAGGGGCGGAACAUCCUGGAGGCUGGGGGUGGGGACAGGGACCAGGAAGUUGGGCCCGGGCCGCCGGGUCUGGGAAUUCGGAGACUAUAGCGUCCCCGCCCCGGGUUGGGGAGUGGGAAGGGGCACUGGAGCUAGGAUCCAGAAGCCCAGAGGCUCAGCGGUGCUUCUGGAGUUCCAGUGAUCCCGGAGUCUGAACUGGCAGUGAGAGUGGGGAAAGAGGGCUAGGCUAACAGUGCUGGCACGGCAGGCAGGCCUGGUACUGGCCUUGUUGCCCUGGCUUGGCCACUGGUCUGCUGGCUGUCUCUGUGCCUGUGGACCCUGAGUGAGCCUUAACCUGCUACCUGGGCACUGUGGUUGCCAGGAUGCUGUGCGCAUGCUCAAUACCCUGCAGACCAAUGCCGGCUACCUGGAGCAGGUGAAGCGCCAGCGGGGUGACCCCCAGACACAGCUGGAAGCCAUGGAACGGUACCUGGCACGGAGUGGGCUGCAGGUGGAGGACUUGGACCGGCUGAACAUCAUCCACGUCACUGGGACGAAGGGGAAGGGCUCCACCUGUGCCUUCACGGAAUGUAUCCUCCGAAGCUAUGGCCUGAAGACAGGAUUCUUUAGCUCUCCCCACCUGGUGCAGGUUCGGGAGCGGAUCCGCAUCAAUGGGCAGCCCAUCAGUCCUGAGCUCUUCACCAAGUACUUCUGGCGCCUCUACCACCGGCUGGAGGAGACCAAGGUGCCCCAUGCAGGAGGGCUGGCGGGUGGGUGUGGUUGGGGGUGCUACAUGUUCCAGCUCCCCAUCUCCCCAGAAGAGGGGCUGCACGGGCUCUGGGCCUUGACAUCUCCCUGUGCCACAGGAUGGCAGCUGUGUCUCCAUGCCCCCCUACUUCCGCUUCCUGACACUCAUGGCCUUCCACGUCUUCCUCCAAGAGAAGGUGUGUGCCCUCUCCCUAGAACCCUGCAUCUGAGGCCUUGGGAACAGGAACCUCAGCAGGCCUGGGGGCUCCCUGCUUCCAUGUGGCCUCUGGGCACCCUCAUAUCCCCUGCCAUGCCCUCUGGUCUUUGGCAGGUGGACCUGGCAGUGGUGGAGGUGGGCAUUGGCGGGGCUUAUGACUGCACCAACAUCAUCAGGAAGCCUGUGGUGUGCGGAGUCUCCUCUCUUGGCAUCGACCACACCAGCCUCCUGGGGGAUACGGUGGAGAAGAUCGCAUGGCAGAAAGGGGGCAUCUUUAAGCAAGGUGUCCCUGCCUUCACUGUACUCCAACCUGAAGGUCCCCUGGCAGUGCUGAGGGACCGAGCCCAGCAGAUCUCAUGUCCUCUAUACCUGUGUCCGACGCUGGAGGCCCUGGAGGAAGGGGGGCCGCCGCUGACCCUGGGCCUGGAGGGGGAGCACCAGCGGUCCAACGCCGCCUUGGCCUUGCAGCUGGCCCACUGCUGGCUGCAGCGGCAGGACCCCCAUGGUGCUGGGGAGCCGAAGGCAUCCAGGCCAGGGCUCCUGUGGCAGCUGCCCCUGGCACCCGUGUUCCAGCCCACAUCCCACAUGCGGCUUGGGCUUCGUAACACGGAGUGGCCGGGCCGGACGCAGGUGCUGCGGCGCGGGCCCCUCACCUGGUACCUGGACGGGGCGCACACCGCCAGCAGCGUGCAGGCCUGCGUGCGCUGGUUCCGCCAAGCGCUGCAGGGCCGCGAGAGGCCGAGCGGUGGCCCAGAGGUUCGAGUCUUGCUCUUCAAUGCUACCGGGGACCGGGACCCGGCGGCCCUGCUGAAGCUGCUGCAGCCCUGCCAGUUUGACUAUGCCGUCUUCUGCCCUAACCUGACAGAGGUGUCAUCCACAGGCAACGCAGACCAACAGAACUUCACGGUGACACUGGACCAGGUUCUGCUCCGCUGCCUGGAACACCAGCAGCACUGGAACCACCUGGACGAAGAGCAGGCCAGCCCGGACCUCUGGAGUGCCCCCAGCCCAGAGCCUGGUGGGUCUGCAUCCCUGCUUCUGGCGCCCCACCCACCCCACACCUGCAGUGCCAGUUCCCUCGUCUUCAGCUGCAUUUCACAUGCCUUGCAAUGGAUCAGCCAAGGCCGAGACCCCAUCUUCCAGCCACCCAGUCCCCCAAAGGGCCUCCUCACCCACGCCGUGGCUCACAGUGGGGCCAGCAUACUCCGUGAGGCUGCUGCCAUCCAUGUGCUAGUCACUGGCAGCCUGCACCUGGUGGGUGGUGUCCUGAAGCUUCUGGAGCCCGCACUGUCCCAGUAGCCAAGGCCCGGGCUUGGAGGUGGGAGCCUCCCACACCUGCCUGCGUUCUCCCCGUGAACUUACAUACUAGGUGCCUUUUGUUUUCUGCUUUCCUGGUUCUGUCUAGACUGGCCUAGGGACCAGGGCUCUGGGACGGGAGGCUGGGAGAGGAUGUCCUCUUUUUUAAGGCUCUGUGCGUUGGUCUCUCCUUCCUCCCGGCCGAGAUAGCAGGGGGGCUCCCCGGGUCUCUCACUGUUGCAGUGGCCUGGCUGUUCAGCCUGUCUCCCCCAACACCCCGCCUGCCUCCUGGCUCAGGCCCAGCUUAUUGUGUGCGCUGCCUGGCCAGGCCCCGGGUCCUGCCACGUGCUGGGUGGUAGAUUUCCUCCUCCCUGUGCCUUCUGGGAAGGGAGAGGGCCUCUGCCUGGGACACUGUGGGACAGAGGGUGGCUGGAGUGAAUUAAAGCCUUUGUUUUUUAAAGAACUG